GAGCCGUGAAAGGCGUUUUAAUCCACAACUGAACCAGUUGGUGGGUCGUCCCGUCUGCCUGACCCGAGCAAAACAUCCUUAUCCCUCGUCAUUCCAAAUUUUUCUCAAACCAAACCCCUUCUCAUCCCCAAUCUCCCAGACCUCCCGUCGCCAGCGCACCCUUAACGACUUUAUGCCCAUCCGCGAUUCUUACCUUCCUUUUGGCGUUGCCCUCCCUCCCUCUCUCUGUGCUCAACGCCCAACUUCUGAGCCACGACGCCUCUGCUGAGUUGCUCUCUGUCGCUCCUUGAACCUGAUUCAAUUCGACUAGACGCUUGACUGGACUUUUCGCAUCCGCCGCCAGCCCUGACCCCGUUUCCACCUGUUCCCCACAGAUUUUGCGGUAGAGCCCCCCGACCAUUCGUCGGCUGGCAGAGGGGGUCGAAAGAGCCAGGGACUGAGAAAAUUACGAAAUAGGGGACGGCAUUCCCUUGACCAAAAAGGUUUACCUAGGCUUUUUCUCGCCGCGCCCCUGAGCGAUUGAAACCUACUUCGCUGCAUCAUCCUUCGCGACAUCUGCAAACACCAAACUCGCUCAUCGAGAGCCAUCGUUAGUCAGUCUUGCUUGGUAUCUCUACAGUCUGCUGCCCAUAUCGCCGGCGGCUGGUGUAGACUCACCAUCAACACGACCCACCGUACCAUAUAGACGUGCACGAUAAUGAAUCAACAGCAAGAGGGCUACUUGAACAGCCAAUACGGCACCGUCAACCGGUCGACGAGCUCAUCUAGGCCCGGAUAUGCCACUACCGCCGGAUUCCCAGGCGGCAUGGGCGCCGGUCGUCAAAACCAGCGAGGCGGCAUCGAUGCGCUGAGCCAGCAGAUCGGAGACUUGAGCUUCUACCCCAAUUCCGACGAUCGUUUCAAUUCGUUCAACUCUGGUGCAUCGCGCUUUGAGAGGUCCGGACCCUCACCUGUCUCAGGCGCAAACACUUUUAUGUACGGAAAUGCUCAAGCCUGGAGCUAUAAUGGGAACCCUGCGACAAUCAACGGUGCCAUAACCGAUCCUACUCGGAUGCGGGGAGGUGUGAACAGGAGGGCACCUCUUCCUACUGAAUGGGCUGGCAUGGGCGAUUCUAACCUGAGUGGUCAAGCACCGCCUCUGCAGCAACGCGGGCAAAUGCACCACUACCCCCAGUCUGUGCAAGGCGUGGGGACCACAAACGGCCAGAUUUACACUGUUGCGCCACCCGGAGGGAACUUCAUGCAUCCCGAGAUGGGAUCUCACGGCGAUGAUGAUCACGUUGGUGGACCCGGCUUGAUCAAGACGGCUAUUGUGAUCAAAAACAUACCUUUCAACGUACGGAAGGAGACCUUGCAGAGUUUGAUGGUGGAUAUGAACCUGCCGCAACCAUAUGCUUUCAACUACCACUUCGACCAGGGCGUCUUCCGCGGGUUAGCUUUUGCCAACUUUGCGCACCCCGAAGAGACAAAGGUUGUCAUCAACAGCAUGAACGGAAUGGAUGUUUCCGGUCGCAAGCUUCGCGUCGAGUACAAAAAGAUGCUCCCAGAACACGAGCGGGAGAGGAUCGAGCGUGAAAAGCGGGAAAAGCGCGGGCAGUUGGAGGAGCAGCACCGCUCGGUAGCGCCCUUGCAGCACCAGGCAUCCAUCUCGUCGCUCAAUGCCGCUUCCACCGUAUCGGAUGCCGCACAUACGUACAGGCCGAGUGAACAACAUCCCAUCGAUCUCAACAACGAAUCCACGCUCAAGGCUUACAUGGAGCUCUACAUGUUCAAGAACGAUGUGAACCGCGAGAUCAUGGUGUUCCCGUCAAACCUUACUCCUGAGCAGCGACGCGAUAUCCACAUCCUUUCGCACAACCUUGGUCUUAACCACACCAGCGUCGGGGAUGGCGACAACCGACAAGUAGUUGUGCGCAAGCUUUCUUCAGGCGGUAUGGAGAAGGGGACCCUGGCACCAUCGACUGGGGCCACACUGGACGCCCACCCAAGAGGCCUCAGCCGUGCUGCCACCAUCGACUUUGCUGAACAGUCAAGAGGUGCCCCAUCAGGUACUUACCACGCUCAAGCUCGAACAGGCGGCCUGCUAGGAGUUCCUGGCAGUCCGGAUGGCCCGCACGCGAUGAACGGCCUCCGAGGCGUCAAAAGCUUUGCCGACUUGCGAUCCUACAGUCCCAGCCCUUCGCCGUCUGUCACAAGCGCAACCAACAUUGGCGCUCCGGGACACAACAUUUCUCUCUUUGGCCAUUACACCACUGACAGCAAUGCUGGAUUCCCUCCAAUGUCUGUCCCGCCACCGCCUCAGGCGGGUGUUGAGUCCUUGCACACCGAUAGGCUGGGAUCACUCACCCGGGCAGCCUUCGACUCUGGUGUGCCAGUGACCAGACCUAGGAACGAUGGGCCUGGUGCAAUUGGUAGCAUCGGUGCUAUUGGCAGCCAAAGGCCUAGCGCCAACGGCAACGGCGCAAGCAAUCGUGCCCCGGAAAGACAGCCUAGAGGCCCCAGUGUAGAGUCCUCUGGGUUCGGAACUCGCACGCGACAAAAUGGCCACAUGCAGCGUAACAGUGACUCAUCAGAUAACGCCCGAACUAGCACAUCCAGCUCAACAUGGAACCACUAAAUGUUAGUGGUAUACAUCAGUGCCACGCCAAGCUCAUGUCGAUUCAGCCUAUUGGUACCUGACGAAAUGCUCCUUCACCCCUGCUUCCACCUUGGACCGGAUGGGACACUCAGCUCGACGAACACAACGAUGAGGUCAUCCCGAAAGCCUCGAACGCUCGAGACCACAGCUGAAUGAUAUUCUCCUAGUCAUUCCGCUUGUGUUAAAAGCCAUGAUAACCUGGCGAAUUUCGAGCGCUUUUUGUUUCAUCCUUUCCCAGUCCUUGCCAUGUCAACCCUUCACGUUUUCUGCCGCAUAAUGACCCCUUAAAGAAUUGUAAUCUCUGCUAUUUGCUUCCUCGAUUUCAGCCGGAGCCGAGUCUUUGUGUCUUUUCUUUCUAUUUUCUGCCUCCUUCCCUUAUUACAGAUCUUUUAUAUCUUUGGUGGCUUUGGUUAUUUCUGUUAUUUCUGUUUUCCUUUUCUUUCUCCUUUGCUAUGUUGCAGUUUGUGCAAUGAGCAAGACGGUCAGAGAGCUUCAAAAGGUCAUGAGGCUCUCUCUGCUCCCCAUCAAGGGCUCCAUCUGUUUGCUAUGGCGCCGGGGACGAUACCAAUGGCCCGGACCGUGGCCUGUACACCACAAUUUCACCACCGAUGUCCUGACGAAGCGAUGAGAAACUCCAUACUAUACCCGACAUCAUCAUUGGUUGACGACGACGAGGAACACAAACAAAAAGGUGAAGAAUGCAGGAUGCGCCCCGGUCAGGGCGUGAUGACAGCGCGUGGUUUAUAGGGCGGAAGGUCACCUGGACGAGUUGAGCAGGGUGAUGAAUUUUCAGGGGACGGAAAAAAAAGCAUUUUGAAUACAAGGCGUCACGCUAUACAACUUCUUGGGCAACCAUUCCACGAUUGCCGUGCGAGAGCGACCCUCGAUGUGGUCGACCCAGGCAAUAAGCAUCACGAAGAAACGACAGCGCGGAGAAAGAAAAGCUGCAGUGUUUGAACAGAUGUUGGGCCUCGAAAUCAGCGCAGGCCUUGAUUGUGGCACGCAGAUUGUCCUUGGUCGACUUGUUGCGAGCGUGUGGGGGAUUCUCGGGGUGUAUGACGCGGAGGUGCCGCCCCCCCCCCCCCCUUUUUUUGCUGCGUUUUGCGUUGGCUUUUGACAUGUUCUUUUUU